AUGGCCAACCAACAGACGUUACAAGUUCUAUCGGCGCUAGUGUCAAUGGUACAUGCCACUGUUGCCCAGACGGGUGAUGACCUUAAGACACUACACGAAGAGAUGUUCAUUACUCGUUCCUAUCGGAAUGUCAUCCCGCCUUAUAAAACCCUAAACCAGUCUAUAAUGAUACUUGUUGCAUUCUAUCUAAAAGGAAUCAAUCAACUGGAUGAGGUGGAGGGGAAAUUAGCCACCACGGCAGAUCUUGAGCUAGAAUGGAGCGACGCAUUCCUGUCAUGGAACAAAAAUGACUUUCACGACAUCUCGGACUUUAACGUGCCUCAGAAUCGUGGAAGAAUAGAGUGGAAACCAUUCGAGGUAUUUGAGACCAAUUGUGACAUAGACAUAAUAAAAUGUUCCUUUGACCAUCAAAAUUGCAAGCUGAUAUUUAGGAUGUGGACAUCGCGUUAA